UAUCUGUAAGCCGACGCGGUAAAGCCCCCGGCGGCAGUCCCCUGUUCGGGCGCCGCUUGAUGACGCGCUGUCUCCUCCUCCCGCGGCUGCCCUGGGCUCAAUAGUCGGGCCGGGUGGCUGGCGGGGCGUUGCGCACGGUGAGAGCGCGUCGUUGGGUGUCGGUGUGAGCCAUGUUCCGGAGCUGGUGUGCCGAGGCUGAGUCUGUCGCAGCAAGUUUAAUAAUUCUCCCUUUGCCUUAAAUUAAACCAUGGGAAAAAAUAACAUUACUUCUCAGAAGAUGCACUAUUUGCGCAGAAAGCAGAGCAGAAAUGCAAUGGAUACAGAAGAAACUAGAUUAUCUCCUCAAAAAGUGACAGUGAGGGAUAAGUAUUGCCAGACUGAUCAUCGCCACCAUGGCUGCUGUAAUCAAGAAUCGACAGUGGAACCUGGGGACCCACCAUUGUUACAGCAACCUGUACAGACUUCCAAGUCUGGCAUAUUGCAAAUUAUUGAAUGUUUUAGAUCAGGCACUAAACAACUUAGGCUGAUGUUGUUAAGAGAGGUGGAUACUAUAUUUGAAUGCAAGUCAUGUCGCAGCCUUUUUAGAGGAUUACCUAAUCUGAUUACCCACAAGCAAUUUUACUGUAUAUCCAAACAUUUUGUGGAUGAAGAUCCUCCCAUUGAAAAUGCACAAAGUCAAGCUGUAAAAGACUUACUGGACACAGUAUAUCCAAGAACUAAUCAACCAGAAUAUGCUGUACAAUUAGAACCUAUCCAAACAAACCAGAAUGCAGUUUUCCAGACUGUUAAGCCCAUUAGUGAAGUAAACCUUGAUGUAAUGAUUACAUCUGACUCCACUGACAUUCAGAAGGAAGACACAACUUCAGCUGCUUCAUCUGCCUUAACUUCAGAAAGUGUAGCAUCAGCUUCAUGUGAGAGUGUUAAAAAGGAUACAGCUUCUAAUUUUUUGAGUGCAGAACCUUCUGAUACAGCGCAAAAUGAUAGCAAAAAUGUUAAAAGAGCUUCUAACAGCAAUCCUUUUUCAUGUCGGAUUUGCAAGAAGGAUUUUAACUGUAGACGCAGUGUACGUAGACAUAUUAAGAAGGUGCAUAAGAAAAAAAUUGAGGAUAUAAAGAAAUUCAUUGAAAUUCAGCGAAAUGCACCCUUAUCGUCCACAAAAGGUCAUGUCAAUUUGAUCUAUACAGGAGCAAGCAAAAGUUGUAACCUAUGCCACAAAUCAUUUGCUACUAAAGCAAAUACAAGGAGACACAUUGAUGAAGUUCACAGAGGAAUGAGAAGAGACUAUACCACUCAGGAAAUCAAUACCAAACCUGUUAAAAAUGUGACUCCUGAGGCUGUAACUCCUAAAAAAUUACCGAAGGCUGUUUCUCGCACACAGAAACUUCCAGCAAAGUCUGAGGUUAAUCUCACUUCCUGUACAUGCCCGUUUUGUAACAGACGUUACACCUCUCAGUUCCUACUCAAGAAACAUGUAAAGAUAGUACAUAAAACAGCAUCCCAUGGAACCAAUGUCAAGUCAGAUAAAGGACAGAAUCACAUCAGUACUUCAGACAGUAAAAUAAAAGCAGAAGACACAAAUAUGAUAGACUCUUCAUCAAAUACUGUAAAAAGCCCACCCAAGGGUGAAUCUAAAGGUCAUAGCCAUGCACAAGAAAAAAGGAGUACAGCUGUGCUGAAGGGUAAGUCAAAGUCUGAUGGUGAUUCCCCUAAACCUGGCAGUUCACCAAGUGAUGACAAGAAGAAGCACAAAAAGCCUAAAUUGUCAGCUGGUUUUGACUUCAAGCAACUUUACUGUAAACUGUGCAAACGGCAGUUUACAUCUAAGCAGAAUCUUGAAAAACAUAUAGAGUUACACACAGAUGGGAACUGCAUUUUUGUUAAGUUUUAUAGAUGUCCUCUUUGCUCCUAUGAGACUCGGCGGAAACGUGAUGUCCUACGUCACAUAACAGUGGUACAUAAAAAAUCCCAGAGAGCACUGAUUAAAAUAACUGCAGGUUUAGAGAGCAGAGCCAUUAAAAAGCCAAUUGAAACAAUUCUGGAUAAGGUGUCAAAAAGAGGACCUCAAAAAGACAUUAAAAAAACAGGUUCAAAACAGGAUGGAGCAUCUUCAUCAUCUACCAAAAAAUCUGAAGGAGUAGAUGCUGGCAUUGAAGUUAAGUUGACCAAAAACUUUUCACUGCUUAAGUGUAAUAUGUGUGGUAAAGCAUUUGCAAAAAAGAAGGAUUUAGACCACCAUAAAAAGAAUCACAAAGCCAGCUCAAACAAUUCACCUGUAGACAUAAAAUUCAAGAGACGAAAUACCAGGUCUAAAAUACCUGCAAGCUGAAAAUAAAUAAUGUUUGUGACUGGUAGAUAUUUUAUUCAAGAAAUUAUUUUUAUAGUAUGUUUUAGAAACUUUAAGCUGGCCAGGAGAACAACAUAUGACAACCUCUCACUGGGAUUGUUUUAAGGCUCCACAUUUUUGUCUCCAGCCUCUUUUAAAUAUUUUAAUCUUCUGUAUUCUACAAAAAGUAAACUGUUUAUUAUGUUAAUUGGUCAUGGACUGUAAAAAAAAUUAAAUAAGAAAAUGUCAAUUUUAAGGGCUGAUUCACACAGGAAAUCUGCAGUUCUGUGUUGUGCGAUUUCAGCCCAUUUAUUUUAAAUGGGUUGAAAUCACACCGCAUACAAAAGCACUGCACCAGAUACUUCUGUACCAUGCCAUCCAGUUUGGGCACUGCAUGUACAGCCCACGUUUUGGUGUGUCAUUACCUUAUUAUUGACACCCACUGCAGAUCACAACUGCUGUGCGUUUUGAACACAGUGUGGAAAAUGCACACCAAAUGCAGAUUUCCUGCAGCAUGUUCUGCUGUGAACCAGCCUUUAAGUAGAACCAUUGUAUAUAUCAUCAACCUAACAGAAAAUGUUCUUUUGUAAAUACUGACCUAUACAUUUGCAUGAGGGAAAACGACAAUGAAUGUCCUCUUGCACCAAUAGAUGAACUCUGUACCAGAUUUUCCUGAAGAUUAUUUUUUAAAAGCUGAAAUGAAGGAAUCUUUUAAUGUUUGAUGGGAAGAACCCAUGCAGUGCUUGAAUUUCGGGUUAUAAUUAUGAUUGUUUUCUUCUAAAAAAUGUAUAAUAAUGAAAUAUUUUGUCUGUGUUACAUUAGCUGUGAAAAUAGUAAGUAAAUUUGAGUGCUAAACAAGAUGAACUUUGUUUCACAACUGCAUAUAAAUGUGUAUUUUAGAUUUUAAAUUAUUAGCUUCCAAAGACCCUACUGAUAGUUUUUGGGCAUGAUGAACAAAAUCCAUUUAAAUAGAAUAUAAUGUUAUGAAA